CGUCGAACAAGAUGGCGCCAAAGUUUGUUUUGACGUGAGACUUGUGUCGUUAUCCAACAAAACAACCUUUAUAAUGUGAUAUUUUAAUAAGUACAAUAGUAAAUGCUACGGUCAUUGGUUGCAUGUUAAUCUAACAUUAAAUCAGUCUGACACUGAGCAUAUAGUUUGCAGCAUCAGCAUGAAAUCUGACGUGGAGGAACUGAUGCCCAGGCUUCUGCCUGUGGAAACAUGCGGCACUGACACUGGGGAAGACUUAAAUAUGAACGAGCCUCCAAGAAAUCCCCAGGAAUAUCUGAGGCAGGUUCAGUAAGUCCCUCAUAGCUCUGUCUUUUGAUAUUUUUCACGCAUAUGAUCAGGAAACACGCAUUCAUGUAAGUAAAAACAACACUGCCUUUCUCAUUCAGAUUAGAAGCGUCUCUCUGUCCAGAUGUUGUGGUGGCGAAGAUUGAUCCAAAGAAAUUGAGAAGGAAACAGACAGUGAACGUGUCGGUAAGUUUCACCACAGGCGCCACUGCCACAAAUUAAAUGUAGCCUUCAGUCUUGAUGUAUAAAGGGGAGAGCGAGAGAGAGUCUGUCUGUAUGGAUGGAGUUUUCAGAAAGGUUGAAACAGGUGAAGGAAAGAACUGGCUAGAUACACGGACAAAGCUAGCAAGUAAACUAUCUUUAGCUGUUCAAUACAAAGAACUACAGUUGACUUUAGCGUAGACGGCACGGAAAAGCUGGCCGAUGGGCGUGAAGGGGGAGCGCCUCGUAAAUGGAGUCCCUUCAGAAAGCAAGAAACAGAUGUCUGUCAGGAGAAGUGCAGUAUUAUCAUAAGGAGACGUAUACAUGGAUGACGGAGGAGGAAUGGAGGGAAAAAGAGAUGCAGAGGAGGUCUAAGAGAGGGAGGAAGAUUGUGAGCUUGAGUCGGUAAAAAAUGGCGGAAAAAAGGGAGAAGGUUUGUUAAAGAAGAAUGGUAGGAAAUGUAAGCAAAGUGAGCUGGAGAUGGGAGGAGAAAUGGAAGUGAAUGAGGGUGAAGUAUAGGCGGUGGUAGGUGUGGUGAAGUACUCGGAGCCCGAGGCUUGCACAGAGGGUCAGGAUAAAGAUGAGUCUGUGACAGUAGCAGUUACGUUUUUGGAAAAAGUGGACCCUUGCCUUUUGGCUGAUUCAUUUGUGGUUUCAGGAUGGGUGAAAAAAGAGUUGGGUAUAGUCGAAUCGGUGAGUGUUACCAGAAGUGGUCUGGUGAUAAUUGUUUGUGUUUCUGUUGGUCAGUGGGAGAAGGUGCUCAGAGUUAAACAAAUGGGGGAAAUAAUUGUGAAUUGUUUCGCUCUCAAGAAAAGGGCGCCAUUGAAAGGAGUGAUUACUGGGGUAACAGUAAAUGUAAAAGUUGACAAACUGAAGGGGAAGAUUCCCGGUGUUUGUGAUGCUCGUCGUUUGGUGCGACGCAAACAGGGUGGCGAGAGUGGGGAAACAGAAUAGUCAUUGUCUGUUCUUUAGAGUUUUGAAGUUGAGUCUUUGCCUGACAAAGUGAAGUUAGGAUAUAUAAGUUAUCCUGUACGAGUUUAUGUGCCGAAUACAUUACGAUGUUACAGGUGUCAAACUUAUGGGCAUGUGGCAGCAGUGUGUAGGAGGGAGGUUCCAAUGUGUGAGAAGUGUGCAGAAGGGCAUGAGACAAAGGAAUGUGUAGCAAUGGGGAAAGUAGUGGUAUGUGCUAAUUGUAGGGGUGCCCAUGGGGCUGGGGAUCAGAAAUGUCCCGUGCGAGAGAGGCAGGUUGAGGUUUCCAGGGUAAGAGUAGUCAAGAAGUUGUCAUAUGCUGAGACAGUGAAGAAAGUAGAGGAAGAUGGGUCAAGGGGGAGGAGUGGUGAGAGUAGUAGGUAUGUACCAGUACAGAGGGAUAGGCCAACAAGUGAUAUAUGUUUCAGUAAGAUUGGAUUUUUAGCAUUUAUAAUAAUGGUUAUUAAUUGUACUGCAGGGAUGGAACGUAAGUCUAAGAAAAUUGAGGUUGUGGUGGCAGCUGCAGAGAGGUAUUUGGGUGUGCGAGACUUGACAUCAGAAGAGUUACAGGGAGUGUUAAGUGGUGAUGUUCCUUCAUUUCAGUUUGAGGGCAUGAGGUAGGAAUGAAUAUAUUUAAAUAGUGGAGUAGGGUGGUGUUAAUUAUUAAUGAUAUUUUUGAAUUUGUGAGUGUAGCGUUAGAUGGUAGGGUAUUUCUUUAUUUUUCAAGCAAAAUAUAAGGGAGUUGUACUCCAGUCUAGUAGGUGGUGGUAAUGCAACAAAUUGGAUGCCGACCGCUGUUAAACCUGUCAAAUCUUCUAUUUGGUAGCUCACGGGUUGCCAAGCUGCUCCACAAGGAUUUUCACCGAGUUUAAAAUGGCAGCGACAGCAAGUCAGCAACUUCUCAGAAAUAAGACGGGUAAUUAUAGAUUUCACUACCCUUUCGAGUUGUUUGUCACUUUGUUUUGAAGUGAAUUUUUCUGAUAAUGUUUUACUGCUUGCAGAGUAUCAGUAAGCACAGACAACACUGGAGUGGUCAAGCUUUAGAUGACAAUGUGUUAAUGGUAAGUAUGAGAUUAUGAUUUUUUGUUGUUGGUAAAAGUGAAUUGUAAAAUACAACAACCUUUAAGCAUGUGUUCUGUCUAUCUCCAGCCAAAACAGGACUCAGAGGAACAGUGGAAAAAGUUCUGCCUGGGUGAAAAUGUUUAUCUGAACUCUCCUCCCACUGACCCUGGUAGUGAAGAUCCAGGCCUUGAUUAUGUAAAGGUAACUGUAUAUAGACCAUAGAGGAAAUAUCUAAGUGAGGCAUCAUGUAAGAUUUUUGUGUAAAGAUUUUGCCAUUAAUCAUGUCUGACAUUUACCCAUCUGUUUCACCAGGUUGGUUUUCCACCUUUCCUUAGCAUAGUGAGCAGGUUAAAUCAGGUGAGUGUUUUCACAGCAUUGGCAUGAUACUUACUACACUCAUUUCUCAUCAAUUUAUGCUUUCUUUCAUUACCUCAAUGAUGAUACUCGUGUUUGACACAACUAAAUUAUUCUUCCCUACUAGGCCACAGUCUCUGCAGUUUUGGAGUACUUGAUCAACUGGUUUGAAGAGAGAGAGUUUGUCCCACAGUUAGUAAGUUCAGUUUCAGUAUCAACACAGUUUGUGCAUUUUUAUGCUUUCAUGGCUAAUAUGUGCUCAACUUCUCUAGGGAAGAUGGCAGUAUGCACUACUGGCUUGCCUUGAGAAACCUCUCAUCCCUGAAGCACAUUCUCUAAUAAGACAGCUGGCCAGACGGAGUUCUGAAGUGCGGGCCAAUCUGGUAGGGUGAUAUAGUGGCUUGUAUUAAUGGAUGUUGAGAUGAGAGGUUGCAAACCAACUUCCUUAUGGAGAGAAUUUAAAUGUUACUACAUUAGAUGCUCAAAUGUUUGCAUGAUAAUGUUUGAUCAUGAUGAACAGAGUAUUAUAGUCAUUAUUUUGUUUGUUUUCUUUCCCAUUACAGGAACGCCAGGAAGAUGAAAGUUUGUCUCCUCUCAACUUGAUGAUCUGCCUUGUUGCAAGGUAAGUUUAUUUGACUUCACAAACACUCACAGCCAGGAAACCAUGUCAUUUGAUUGCUCAUGUUGUUGUUUUUUUACAUAGGUACUUCGAUCAAAACGACUUGGCCGAUAAGGAGGACUAAACGGGUUGAUGAAAUCUACGAUGAGGCUGAAACUCAUCACCCCAUGAACUGUAGCUCUAUGAACCCAUCUCCAUGCUCAGAUUUAGGAUCCACAGGGAGUUGUACUGUGGCGAUUUGAAGCAUUUAGAUAAAGCAACUAUUGAGUCUUCUGGAGAACAUUAGACCCAAUAAAUUUACAUUUGUCAUUU